AUGGCACGUACCAAGCAAACAGCCCGUAAGUCGACCGGUGGCAAGGCCCCAAGGAAACAAUUGGCUACGAAAGCAGCUAGGAAAAGCGCACCGGCAACCGGCGGAGUUAAGAAACCGCAUCGUUACCGUCCGGGGACUGUCGCUCUUCGUGAAAUCCGUCGUUACCAGAAGAGUACUGAAUUAUUGAUUCGCAAACUGCCUUUCCAAAGGUUAGUCCGUGAAAUCGCCCAGGAUUUCAAGACCGAUUUGCGUUUCCAGAGUUCUGCUGUUAUGGCGUUACAGGAAGCCAGUGAAGCGUAUUUGGUUGGACUUUUCGAAGACACCAAUCUGUGUGCCAUCCACGCAAAACGUGUUACCAUCAUGCCCAAGGACAUUCAAUUAGCUCGUCGUAUUCGCGGAGAACGUGCUUAA